AAAGUGCGGUGACCAGUGGCAGCAGUAAUAGUUCUGCUAAUAAUAGUAGUGAUUCGAAUAGCAGUGCAAGUUGUGAGAGAACUGCUGGUGCCAGAUUAUUGAAAACUAGAGAGAGUCUUAUGAAAACUUUGGAUAGGAGCGGAGGCGGUGGAAGCAGUUCAGAUGAUAGUGAUAGCAAUAAGAGAUACGCUCGUCCAGUGGCUAGUACCAGUGGAGCAGGAUCAAACCAUUCGAACAAAUCUGCAGGAAGUUCAUCAAAAGAUGAAUCUGAUAACAAUAGCAAUAAUAAACAUCCUGAACUGACCAGGAGAGACAGCAAGGAUGAUAGUGUGUCUAGUUCAGAAUCACAAAUGUCUGGUGAUGAGUACAGUCAUUAUUACUAUGACCCCAAAGCAUUGCAAUCCGUGCAGAGUACAGCAGGCACCUCCAAAGACAAGACAAUGGAUCAGCAACUGAAAGAUAUCUUUAACAAUAUUAAAAUGAGUGAUGACGCAUGGGAAAUUUUAUUCGCCCGUGCAGAAGGUUUGCAUGCUCACGGGCACGGACGAGAAGCAUGCAUCCUUGGUGUUAAAUUGGCAGAGGAACUGCUAGCAAAUCCUCCGGAUUUGAUGGUCGAAAUUCCGCAAAUACAAAGGAAGAAAGGCAAGAAGCACCAUAUAAAUCCCGCUUCACAUCAACUGAGUGUCUUAGCAUCGGCCACGUUAGCAAAAUGUGCUUUUCUUUGCACUGUGCUAGCUGAAAACCAAGAACACUCGCUUUUGGCUUUCAAAGUUGGUCUUUUUGGCUUGGAGUUACCGCGUCCACCGGCUAGCACUAAGCCUUUGGAAGUCAAACUAGCAAAUCAAGAGUCUGAUCUAGUGAAUUUACUGAAACGUAUAACGUUAGGUCCUGUAGAGUUGUCAAUAACGCGGGAGCGUGCCAAGCAAUUAAAAGAAGGUACUUUACGUUCAAGGGGCGAAGCUUUGCUGCCAAUCAUGCUGGCGAGCUUUAUUUUUGAAGCACUUAGUAAUGGCAAGAGCAAAAAUGUUUUUCCAUGGCUACCCACUGAUGAAGCCCUAGGAUUUGAGGCAGCAGUGGCAGCAUUAGGCCUAAAAGCGAAUGUUAGCGAAGCCGAUCAUCCUUUACUAUGUGAAGGCACCAGAAGGCAACGCGGAGACCUCGCGUUAGUUCUUCUCAACCACUACAAACAAGAGCCUAAUAAGAUAGCAAGAAUUAUGGAUAAGCUUUUAGAUAGGGAAAUACAUCAAUUAAUUAAAACACCUAUUUUAAGUUCAUAUUACUCAAGCAAUCCACCCAUAAGAAGUCGUUUGUUUUCCAUGCGCCAACGAGAGGAACACAACGACCAAUUCGUUCCGCACAUGUACUCAUGGGAAAUGCAACAACUACCACAACAACCGUCGAGACCUCAUAGUUCAACCAGUGCCGAACUUGACAACGUUGGCAUGUGCAAUUUAUCAAUUAGUGGAACCAGCGCGCCAACCAGUCAAGUCACAACAAGUCAAAUUACUUCGACGAGGAGCAAAGAGUCGAGGUAUAAGGGAAAGCGUGCGUAUCCUUCUAUACCCAACCAGCCUUCGGAAGCGAGUGCGCAUUUUAUGUUCGAGUUGGCUAAAAGUGUAUUGACUAAAGCUGGAGGUAAUAGUAGUACCUCGUUGUUUACUCAAGCAUCGACUACACAGAAUCAUCAUGGACCGCACAGGGCUUUGCAUAUGUGUGCAUUUCAAUUGGGCCUGUACGCCCUUGGAUUGCAUAAUUGCGUCAGCUCCAACUGGCUGUCCAGGACGUACUCUUCGCACGUUAGCUGGAUCAUUGGACAAGCAAUGGAGAUCGGUGCUCCUGCCAUAUCAUUUCUGAUUGAUACUUGGGAAGGGCAUUUGACACCUCCCGAGGCAGUAACUAUUGCAGAUCGUGCUUCACAGAAUUGUGACGCUAAUAUGGUUAGAGCUGCUGCCGAAUUGGCAUUAUCUUGUUUACCUCAUGCCCAAGCUCUUAAUCCUAACGAAAUACAAAGAGCUAUUUUACAAUGCAAGGAACAAAGCGAUGUUAUGCUGGAGAGGGCUUGUGUUACAGUAGAAAGUGUUGCUAAAGGCGGUGGAGUAUAUCCUGAAGUAUUAUUCCAAGUUGCAAGAUACUGGUAUGAUUUAUAUGUUAUUUUGGCCCCUGGAGACGCUCCACACCAGGGUCAUGCACCUAAUCCUGAUGAUGUUAUGUGUGCAGGCAUUGCACCUCUUGGAGCAGGAGAUUCUCUGGUUGCAUUGGUCGUCGAACCUACACCACAGGAUCUCAUUCCAAUGGCGCAACUACAACAACCACCGCCCAUGGUGACAACGUCUGCCCCUGUAGUUUCUUCUCAACAGCAGCAGCAGAUGGUAGCGCAGCCAAUGCCACUAGCAAUGCCUCCUUCCACAUCUGGUAUGCCACAGCAACCUAUACCAGUGUCGGUGGUACAACAGCAGCAGCAACAACAACAACAAGUAGUUGUGAACCAAAUCUCUACCACUGCUUUGCCCAUGCCGGUUCCUCCGCCUGUUCAGCAGGCUGGACAGAACGAGGAGCAGGAGUUCCCCGGAGGCGUCGUGGUUACUGGUGUUGUGACACCUUACGCAGCAGCUGCAGCUGCAGCGGCCUUGUAUCAUAAUCCUCAAUUAGCAGCAGCGGUAGCUGCUCAUCAACAUCAUCAGCAGCAACAGCAGCACCAACAGCAACAGCAUCAACACCAGCAACAUCAAAUGGCUUUGCACCAUCACCAUCAGCAGCACCAGCAACACGUUGCUUUCCAUGCUCAUCAGCAGCAACAGGCACAGCAACCACCACCACAGAGAUUUUUGGAUACUUCUUUAGUAUUCGUAUUCUACUAA